AUGAAGCACCGAGCACACAUGGAUGGAGAUGUGAUGAUAAGUGGGAUUUUCCCCAUGUACACUUUGGGAAUAGAUCACAGUAACAGCCAUGCUGCCAGGCAAGAAGACAACAAGUUGUUUAUCUUCAAGAACUAUCAGUAUGUUUUGGCCUUGGCUUUUGCUGUUGAGGAGAUCAACAAAAGCCCUGAUCUUUUACAUAACCUGACUCUGGGAUUUGAUGUCUAUGAUGUUCACUUCAAUGCUUGGACAAUGCUUAAGAAUCCCUUCAUUUGUCUCUUUGGGAAGUAUAAGAUUCCAAACUAUUCCUGCAUGAGAGGAAGCAGUUCUAUAGCAGUACUUACAGGACCCUCAGGAAUAACAUCUGACCAGAUUGGCACAUUGCUGGGACUCUACAGAUUUCCACAGGUAUGGCGUCUAUGGUCACUGCCACUGCCACCACCACCACAGCUGCAGCCACGGCUGCUGUUUACCUUUGGGCCUUUUGAUCAUGCCCUGAGUGACCAUAAUAAGUUUCCUGCUCUCUAUCAGAUGGCCCCAAAAGACUCAUCAAUAGCCACUGCUAUGGUCUCCUUACUGCUUCACUUCAGCUGGAGCUGGGUGGGACUAUUGACCACACAAGAUGAUAAUGGGGCAAGGAUUCUUGCUGAAUUGAAAGUAGAGAUGGCCAAGAACAGAGUUUGUGUAGCCUAUGAGCUAGUGAUCUCCACCCAAGAUGUAUAUAACCACAUAGAAGUUAAUCAUUUUAUUAAUCUGUCUUCAGCAAGUGUCCUCAUUAUAUAUGGUGAUAAUAAUUCACUGAUGAUUUUUAUGGUAUUUAUUGAACAAAUUAUUAUACAUGGGAAAGUUUGUAUCAUGAACUCUCAGUGGGAUUUCACCCUGAAAAGGAGAUAUUUCAUGUUAGGAUCAUUGCAUGUACCUCUUAUUUUUACACACCAUCAUGUAGAUGUUUCUGGAUUCAAAGAUUUUGUCAAGGCAGCUAAGCCUUCUAAAUACCCAGAAGACAUUUUUCUUGCGAGGCUAUGGUUUCUCUCUUUUAAUUGCUCUGUUUCUGUGUCUGACUGUGUAAUAUGGGACAAGUGUGCUCAUGAUGCCUCUUUGAAUUGGUUACCUGGGCAUAUUUUUGACAUGACCAUGUCUGUAGACAGUUACAAUAUAUACAAUGCUGUGUAUGCUGUGGCCCAGGCUCUCCAUGAGAUACUUCUUCAACAAACAGAAGUUCAAACAAUGGGAAAUAGAAAAGAACUGCCUUCCUCUACUCAGCUGCACACUUUUCUGAAGAACAACCAGUUUUACAGUCCUAUUGGAAAUCAAGUAAUUUGGGACAAGCAAAGGAAAUUGGAGCCAGUGUAUGACAUUCUGAAUAUUUGGAAUUUUCCAGAGGGUCUUGAACUUGAGGUGAAAGUAGGAAAGUUUGCUCCACAUGGCAAUCAACUCUCUUUAUCUGAAGAUAUGUUAGAGUGGUCCAUUGAAACUACAGAGACCCCUCACUCUGUCUGCAGUGAGAGUUGUGGUCCUGGAUUCCGAAAAUCUCCUCAGGAGGGAAAGGCUGCCUGCUGCUUUGAUUGUACACCUUGUUCAGAAAAUGAGAUUGCCAAUGGGACAGAUAUGGAGCAAUGUGUGAAAUGUCCAGAUCAUCAGUAUGCCAACACACACAGGACAGAGUGCCCCUUGAGAGUUGCAAGUUUCCUGGCUUUUGGAGAUCCCUUGGGCAUGGUUCUGGCCUGCAUGGCUCUCUGCUUCUCUUUGCUAACUGCUGCUGUUCUUUGGAUGUUUGUGAAACACCAAGACACUGCCAUUGUUAAGGCAAAUAACCGGGCUCUCAGUUACAUCUUGCUCAUCUCCCUCAUCUUCUGUUUCCUCUGUUCUUUGCUCUUUCUUGGUCGACCCAAAACAGCCACCUGCAUCCUGCAGCAGAUCACAUUUGGGGUUGUGUUCACUGUGGCUGUUUCCACAGUGUUGGCCAAAACAGUGACUGUGGUUCUGGCCUUCAAGGCCACUUCCCCAGGAAGAAGGAUGAGGUGGCUGCUGGUAUCAGGGGCUCCUAACUUCAUCAUCCCCAUCUGCACCCUCAUCCAGGUGACCUUCUGUGGACUCUGGCUGGCAACCUCUCCUCCCUUUGUGGACACAGAUGCACACUCUGAACAUGGCCAUAUCAUCAUCCUGUGCAACAAAGGCUCCCUCACUUCCUUCUACUGUGUCCUGGGAUACCUUGGCUUUCUGGCCCUGUCCAGCUUCAGUGUGGCUUUUCUGGCCAGGAACCUGCCUGACACCUUCAAUGAAGCCAAGUUCCUGACCUUCAGCAUGCUGGUGUUCUGCAGUGUGUGGCUCACCUUUCUACCUGUCUACCACAGUACCAAGGGGAAUGUCAUGGUGGCUGUGGAGGUCUUCUCCAUCUUGGCCUCUGGUGCAGGGCGCCUAGGUUGCAUUUUUGCCCCAAAGUGUUAUAUCCUUUUAUUAAUGCCAAAUAGAAAUUCUCUGCAUGGCUUCCGGGAUAAAAGACAUAGUAGGAGAAAUAAGCAUACUUAG